GGAUGGAGGAAACGCGAAUGGGACAUUUCGACGCGCGAAAUCUAUAGCAAGAAGAGAGAGGAACUCAAGGCGAACGGAGAGUUUGGUUUUGAAUCAAUCAAACUAAAUUCCGUAAUCUACAAACAUCUACAUUAACAUGGCAGAUCCGAAGGAAACACCAGAAGAGCAGGAGACUUCAACAGACAAUGCAGAAGAAUCAAACCACGAUCCCCAUUAUGAGCCCAUCGUGUCUCUUCCAGAGCAGGAUGUGAAGACGCUAGAGGAGGACGAGGAGGAACUGUUCAAAAUGCGUGCGAAGCUCUACCGUUUUGCGUCUGAGAACGAGCCACCAGAGUGGAAGGAGCGCGGCACAGGCGACGUCAAGCUCCUGAAACACAAAGAGAAGGGAACCAUCCGCCUAUUGAUGAGGAGAGACCGGACCUUGAAGAUCUGCGCCAAUCACAACAUUUUUCCUGUGAUGGAGCUGAAGCCCAACGCUGGCAGCGACAGGGCCUGGGUAUGGAACACACUCGCCGACUUCGCUGAUGAGCAUCCCAAACCUGAACUCCUGGCAAUACGUUUCCUCAAUGCAGAAAACGCUCAGAAAUUUAAGGUGAAGUUCGAUGAAUGCAAGGAGGAAGUCAGAAAAUCUCAAGAUGGAUCAGGAGGAAAUGUUGACCGUGCAAACAAAGUGGCAGAGAAACUGGAGGCACUAUCUGUAAAGGACGACAAGACCAAGACACCCGAGGAAAAGAAAGAGGAAAAGGCAGAAGAGAAGAAAUGAAUCCAAGAACUUGCUUUACUGAUCUUCAACUUGUCAUUUCCCUCUUUUUCUACAAUAGACUCUAAAGAAACUGAAUUUGGACUCUUGCAUAUUGAUUUAGUUUUUUUUAACGAUUUGUUUGCCUCGAGAGAUCGCAAGACCUUGGUGCCACACAAAAAGUAUCCAUUCAUUCAAUUGUGCCCCUCCCCACCCGCCCUCUUGUUUCCAUCAUGGAAAACAAGUUGUCUGUAGACUGCUCAUCUGUGUCAACUUGACAUACUGUGAAAUGAGGCUUGUGAUAUUGGUAAUUCCCACAUUGGGUAAGUCUUUUUUUUUUCUGAAUGAAGCAACGUUAGUUUUAUAGGGAAUAGGACUGCUUGUAAGUGCCACACCUAAAAUGGAAACGGGCAGAGAGGAGCUGUAAUGUCUUGGUAUGCAUCUCAAUAUGGAGGCUUCCUCUCCUUUGUCUAUACUGAUCUGAAUAGAGAUGAGGUGAAACCCCUAAUAUUUGUCACAUUUAAUACAACAGGUGUACACUUUACAGUGGAAUGCCUACUGCCCUUUGCAACGAUGCAGAGAGAAAAAUAGCAACCCGAGAGGAAUAAAAUACACAAGAAUGAAGCUCUAUACAGGGAGUCCCAGAUCAAUGUGCAAGGGCAGGAUAUAUUUGAGGUAGUUAUGUACAUAAAGGCAGGGAAAUGUGGUGGAUGCUUACCAGGCAGGAGUUUGCUUUCACCUAUCUGCUGUGAGGUUCAGAUGAAGGAGAGGAAAUUAAUGGAGAAAGACACUUUGGACCAUUGAGACGUAGCCAUAACGUGUUUAACAUCGGGUGCAUUUUGGGUACUGUAGUCCUUGGACCAGUUAUCGGUGACUCGUAUCUAAGAUGUUCUGCUGCAGAUGAUUUGAUGCACAUAAUUCAUCAAAUCACAAAGGUGUUUUUUGUUUCAUUUUUUUUGUUGAAGACCGAUCACACCAAAUCAAAAUGUAAGACGAUGGUUCAUCAGACUUUGGUAUAGGCUACAGUACUUCCUGGCUUGGGUACUCUUCCCGGUGGCUCAAGUCUGUUUUAGGGCAUAAUACAUUCCUUCAAACUGAAACUAAAGCAUGUAGAAAAUGUAUAGUGCAAGAGUGUAAUGAUGCGGUAUCAGGUGUGCUCACCAUCCUAACCUGUACCCACUGAGUUGACCCUGCCCCUUAGGUGCAUCGACGCGCCAGUGCAUCUGUAAAUACAUGUACAGGAUGGAAUGUUGCUUUUCAUUUGCACUCAAAUGGUUUGAGAUGUUUCCUCCACCUUCCAAUAAAAGCUCUCAACGACC